CAAAACGUCAUAUCCGGCCGUAAUACACGUAUAAUGAAAACCUUGUUAAUAUGUUUGGCUCAGCCGCUGGAUCCAAAAGAACGGCGGCUGAUUCAUGAGACUAGUUUGGGACAGCCAGCACUGGCCGGUAACCGGAAUAGCGAGUGGCCGUACUUCAGGGUGUACUAUGAUCAUAGUAGGAUAGUGCACUCUGAUCACACCUCACGACAAAAGCAGUAUCAGUCAAGAUCUCCUGGAGAUGAAGCAGGUAGACUAUGCUCCAUGGCUAUUGAGGUGGUGUGUGGGUCGAAAGCCAUUCGAGCUGAGGUCAAGAGCAGAGUGGUGUCAGUACAGGCCAGCAAAACAGAGACCCACAAGAAAACCUCUGAUGCUAUCUCCAGGAAUAUGCAGGAGGCCAAAUCUAUGUUUAGAGACAUGAUAUUGGAGAGAGGUCAAGUGCGUCUGGCCCAAAACUCUACACUCCACCAACAACACGGAGAGGAGAUUGCCCUCGGCAUUGCACUGGGACCAGUCUCAGACAAGCACUGGUCAGUGUCUGAGAAGGUGGAGCGACCACUCUCCCAGAUGAGACCAGGCUCUGCCGCCGAGGAGAGAGAGAACUUCAGACAAACAAAACGAAAGCUCACAAGACAAUUGUCUGCAUCAAGUGAGCGAGCCUCUCUGGUGAACUCCACUGACAAGAGACUGGCCAAUCAGCUGAGAGAGGGCUCACAGAGUGUCUUCCUUGACUCUCAGACCCUCAGAGUUAGGAGAAUGUCCCUCGAUAACAGGUGCAAUAAUUAUGCUUGCUGUAUUAUGUGGAUGUAUGCAUUAUUAUAUUAGUCUCAAAGCUGUACAAUCAUGUGUAGGUUGCUACUGUACAAGUAUUGACACUUGUUUUGUUCCACAAGAAUUCAAAGCAUAUUAUUUUAAUGGUGCUCAUCCAGAUGAGGUUGGUCACAUUUCAACGGAGGAAUGUGCGUGCACGGAGAAAAAAGAAAAGAUAUACGGAAACUUACAGAGAAAGCAUGAAAAGUAGCUAUCCUAGCUAAAGCCAGAAGGCUGCAAACGAUACUAGUAGCAGAUGAUGCUAAUAAUACCCAGUCACACUAAAAAGUGAGUAGCAUAGUCGUACCGAAGCAAUGAGCCAGAAACUAAGUUAAUCACAAACUUCCAGCUUGAUUCUUUGACUCCUGUCUUAAUGUAGCAGGUAUGGCAAUGAUAGGCUUACACUAGCUACUACGAUUCAUAAACUAACAGGAGAUGUAAUACAAGAGAGAUAACAUAAGAUAAAUGCUCAGGAAUGCAAAACGAGACAAAAGUGCUGACUCAGCGGAUUGAACACGGUUGGAGGUAAAUUCGAGGCCAAACAUGGUUUGCAUAACACUUUUCGCCGCGGUUAAAUCGUGACCAACCUCCUCUGGUGCUCAUCCAUGUUUAUAUAAUUGCUGUUUCUAAAAUUGCAGGUUUGGUGCAGUGACCUCUUUGGCUUGACUGUGAACAUUCUUACAAACUUGGUGUAUAUUUACAUAUCAACUGGCUUAUAGUUCUGUGUUGCAUAUACUUUGUGUCAUUGUGUACAUUUAUGUAUUUUAUCAAGAGUUUAUAAUUAUAAUUAUAAUAGAGCAUGAACUCUUGAUUUUAUCCUUUAUGAGAGUCUAUGUUAUAGGCUGGUUCAUGAGACUAUAUGUUUCUGUCGCUGAAUCUGUUGACAGCUAGCCUAGUUGCGUUUGGUAUCUGUGAUGGUUACUGGACCUAACCUUAACCCUAUCAAUAUGAGGAAGGAAGUGCAUGAUCGAUGACAUCAUUCUGUUUUACAGUAUAAAUUGAGAUGUAUCAGUCAAUGGUUGAUUCAGUUCAUAUGCAUACAUGCAUGUACAAGCUUAAAAAAGUGUUCUAAAAUUGAGUCAGCAAAAACGUAAAAGCAAUUUGGCUUGGAAUGUCAAAGGUCAUAAUUUUAUUAGUGAAAGUUCAAACAAGGGAAAUUCCUUAUUUGUAGCUGUGUAUUAGAUCUAGUACAUUUUAGCGUUUGUUUUUGGUGUUCAUUUUAAUACAAGAUACAAGUAGCUAGCUAAGCUCGCAGUUUACUGUCUAGAUCUAUUGGUGUGUCAGCAAGUCCUUUCCAGGAACUUACAAUGGACGAACACGACGGUGCUUUACCGCUGAAUGUUGAAUACAGAGCCUUUCAGCAAAUGUGCGGCACUUUGCACAUUGGUAUUCAAGCUGGUCUGUCGGAUGUUGUCAAUGAAGUAUUCGCUAAAGGACUCAUCUGUUCAUCCACUAAGAGUGUAGCUGAUAAUGCAAGCAUUGGAGAACCUUCUCGAGCAUCUACACUGCUGAACUCGAUGCUGCAUAGGACCAAAAUAUGUCCGAAGACAUUUACCUUGUUUGCAGAAGCACUGGACUCCAUACCCUCAUUUCAGUAUCUUUCGACUGACAUGAGGAGUAAUUUGACUGCACUCGAAGAACAAGAAGCCAAAAGAAGGAGGGAAUUGCAACAAGAGACUGAGAAACAAGAGCGUAAGAGGCAAGAAUUACAGCUGCUUCGAAUCGUGCAGAAGCCCAAGUGCUCAGAGCCAGUGCAUGUGGUAGCACCAGACUCCUACACCUCUCCCAGUGGUAGCACCGUACGUAGGAUUGACAUACCACACCCCCAAUCUCCCAUAGUUCAUGACUCAAUGAAAAAAUUCAACCACCAGAACUCAACACCUGGACUUGACCCUAAUUCAAGUGUUGUCUCAACUCCGACUGCCAAAACGGUCCGACUGACUCCUGACACUACUACCAGACCAGAACUGGGCUAUGUGGUAGCUGUGGCCGUUGAGAGUCCCGGCCGUGCUGUUAUCACUGGUCAGAAAGCAGCGUUGGUAUAUCCUACUGCAAGCUACCCGAUGCCUACACGAGCUAGUAUCCAUGGGGGGACAGCAACAGCAAUGAUGAUGCCAGCCCCUUCCCCUUCACAUUCGGCACCGUUCACAGUACAGCAUAGCUUUUCCGACAAGCAACUACCUCUUCUAUCAAGUUCAGCACCUUCAAAGAUACCUCUCUCCGAUAUAGCCAUCCUUCGAUAUCCUAGUACCUUGUGUGUAGAACCAUACACUAAACAAGAUGGCGAAACAACUUUAGAAGUUCCUACUGCUUCUGUUAUUCCUCCUACUCCAAGCAGUCCCAAACCUUCAAUUGAUGCUCGCAUACAACAACAAUCAGAUUUUGACGAUUCAGACGAUUCAGGAUUAAAUCUUAAAAUUGGAGAAACUAUGAGGUCAUUGUCAAUUGAAAGUUCGAGUAGUUCUUGCUCUCAUGAUUUUCAUUCUUUGGAAUCUGAUUCUGAGGAGGUUGUUCAGGAGUCUGACAGUACACACGAUGGCACAAGCGGCAAAAAACUGCACCGCUCGGUAUCUUGUGAAAAAUGCUUGAAAAAGAUGUUACGCAAGAGAAAGGAAGAGAUCGACGAAAUGGAAAUUGAGAAAAGUCGUGUUCAACUUGAUUACGAUCUACUACAGGCAGCUUGUAAGAGUAAAAUCGAUAAACUUUAUAAAGACUCUUCAGCGUUACAAAAUGAAGUUUAUGAAUUAACUAUAACUCUUCAACACUAUGGAACUGAAAAUAAUGAAUUACAUCAACGUAACAGCAAUCUUUUGGCGACAAAUACUGCCCUUAAAGAUGAGAACUGUCAAUUAAAAGAUGAUCUGAAAGGAGUAAAAGCUGAUGCGUAUGAUAUGACUGUUGCUCUGAGGAGUGAGAGGUCAAAGUCUCACCGCUGUCCCACUUGUGAGUCUGAAUUUACAUACCGUUAUAUAUAA